GCCACAUGUUUUUAGCCUCGACCUAGCCUUCAAAGGCCAACUCGUGCAGCCGGGCCCGCGGACCGUUGUAGAUCGCCUAUUAUUUGUCCUUGAAUGCACAUCAUUUUCGUUAUCGCUUAACCAGCUUUGGCAAGCUUCCAAACCUCAACUGCAACAUUCCCACGCAAAAACACCAUGGCGACGUCUCAGCGAGCUGUUUCGACUGUCAGUAGACGCCUGAUAGCAACAUGUGCAACAGCAUGCCGCCUCCAAUUCCCGGCUUCGCAGCUGCGGCGAUCCUACUUCUCCAUUCAUCACCCUGAUCGUCCUCCGUUCCCUGAGACCCAAGAUAAAAUCCUUGCCGCUGCGAUCGCCCGCGUGCCGGAAUAUGGAUUCACGGAAGAAUCACUGGUGUUGGGUGCUAUAGAUGUGGGCUAUCUCGAUGUGACUGUCCAGCUAUUCCCGCGCGGCGUUUCCGACCUAAUCCAUUACCAUCUUGUCACGCAAAGACUCGCAUUGAAGCACAAUGUACAAUUCCCAGAGGGUAUUCACUUAGGGUUGGGAGCCAAGAUCAGAACUUUGGUAAUGGCACGGUUAAGAGCAAACGCGGAUAUAAUUCAUCAAUGGCAAGGAGCACUUGGACAUAUGUCCCUCCUUGGAAACAUACCAGCCUCCCUACAAGAACUUAACGCUCUGUCCGAUGAAAUAUGGUAUCUCGCGGGUGACACCGCGGUCGACUUUUCCUGGUACACCAAACGGGCAUCAUUAUCCGCAGUCUAUGCCAGCUCAGAAAUGUUCAUGACCACAGAUAAAACGCAGGAUUUUGCAGCUACUGAAGAGUUCCUGAAUCGUAGACUGGAAGAUGCACAAAACGUGGGAAGCACCGCAGGUGGCUUCUCGCAGUAUGUCGGAUUCUGGGCUGGCAAUACUAUCAACGCCGCGAGAUCUUGGGGAAUGAAGGUGUGACCUACUGUCAAUACUCACUACCGCGAAGGUAACGGGACUGAUAUGGUCGACGGAGAUCUCAUACUUCCUACGGUCAAAGAUUCCUGGGUCUUUGAAGAGGAGACACACUCAUUCCAGCCUUCCCUAUAUCACAACUGGGCCGGAGUCCCGUACUCAGGAUGACUACGGCUGUUGCUCAUCGCCGUGAAUAACAGUUCGAAUAUGGCCCAAUUGAGCGAUCCAUCCUAUCAAUCUACACUUUUACAUGGAAGGGAAGUACUGCGGCACCUCUUUCCAAAUGACCACAUCAUGAGAUGAGAAUGACUGUGCCGUCAAACAGUCCACCGCUUCGCCAAAGCUCUGAGCGCAGCCGAUAUGUUGUCCACAGCCAAAAACUGAUUUUCAGAGACCUGUCAACCUCGAUCAACCAGUCAAUUGGUGUCUUUUGCAUCGCUUCAGGCACUUUGUUGCAAGCUCUCGGGCAGCACGGCCUUGACUAUGCGGCCAAGUCGAUGGCGUCGCAAGCAUUGAGGCAUUCUGGCAUGGGGCCGGUUGCCUCUAGCGUCACCAUAGGCUGAUACAAAAUCCUGGGGUUUGAGAGCAUGGGCUCAAAAAAUCUCGGAGUGGGCGUAUUGGGUCGUUGAGGUGUAUGUGUCCAGAGUCCUUGUCGGCCCGAAAGCCUCUCAAGCAGACAUUCACUACUUGUGAGCCUUUAUACCGCAACCUCUUUGGGGCUUGUAUACUAUGGAAGGGUAGAACGGGUGCCAAAAAAAUUUGCUGAUAAAGUCGUGAAGUACUCCAGCCUCAACAUGCGUGCGGUGAAGCAUUUCGCGUCUUGUGCAAGGCUCGAUUAAGGCAGCUUCGUCCCGACUCGAAGUAUGCUAGAAAUCUUACAUAGAAAUGGACAAGACCUGGUAUCGUGGU